AUGCAAGGCAAUGGCUGGAAGACGAAGAAGGAGGUGAGCGUUCAUCGUCUGUUGCAAGCAAGCAUUGCUUUAAGUGUCGGCGCAACGGAAGCUGGCAAAGUGGCGUGGUCACGCUGGCUCAACGAUGGUUUCGGUUACUGGUGGGUGAGCUCCAGCGGUUUCUCUUUCUUCCACAACGACGGUGGACGUGGGCAGAUCAUCGAAGCGCUGCUUUCUUUGACGCUGGCUUUACUGUUCAUAGACCUUGCCAUGGAGUGCUGCUUUCGCUUUUUUGGGCGUCAAUGUGCCAAGUGGUUGCAUACUGGAGUGGCAAUGGUCCUAUGUAUGCUGGGCACAGCAGACCUAGCGCUGAAUGUUGGCGCUGGGGGUGCAAGGGUCUCUUUGCCGCUGGUCCUCUUUGCGGUGACUGAGUUUGGGUAUGUAUUUCGGAUGGUUCUGCCCUGGCUCCACUUUGUGCUUGCAAGCUUCGCGCUGGUAGUGCUGUUGGUUGCUCUUCUGCUGCCUCUCCUGUUGCGGUUGACCCGGGCCGUGGCUUCGGAGAGCCGCGCGCCCUGGGUGUGCAAGCUGGCUCUCGGCGCAUAUUGUGGUGGCACUCUGUGGCUGUGCCGCUCUGCUUCGGAGGGUGUAGGGGCUGAUCUUCUCAGCCAGCUGAGUAGUGAUGCAUUGGCCAUGUUAAUCGGGACCCUCUUACCAGUCGACUCGCGGGAGGUGCUUGCUGCCCACAGUACUACUUCGCUUGGUGCCGUGGACUUCUAUCCCCCCAUUCUGCUGUUUCACUGGGAAGCCGGUGCUGACAUCCUCCUGGAUCGCACAAACGCAACUGCAACGCCGUUCCUUCGAAGCCUGCUGCAGAGGCCGGACGUUUUUUCUGGAAGUGCCAUCGCGGGUGUCCCUGUGACACUGAAGACGGCUUGGGAGGUUCUGUGUGGGCUGCCGGCGGCUUCGGCAGCAGAUUUUCGUGAGCAAGGCUCAGGCCUAAGGCAAGAGUGCCUUCCCAGAGCGCUGAAGCGCUGCUGCGGCUAUCGAACCGUUCUCGCCAAGAUGGAUACGGAAUUGCCAGACUUGCCUCGACGUGUUUUCGGCUUCGAGGAGACGAUUGUGGCGGAAGAUGUUGUGUCGCUUCUCGAGAAGCUUCGACAGCUGCUAGCUUCGUGGGGCGCAUUGAAUGCAAGCUCGCCGGCUUUUGUUUAUUUCUAUGGCGGAGAUGCGCACCCACCAUAUUAUGCAGAUCGAGUAGAAAGUGUGGAAAGAGGCUUUGCAAAGGAGGAGCCUCUGGACGUUUUCUUAGCUCUGAAUCGCAGGACCGAUGCUGUCGCACAGCAGCUGGCAGAAUUCUGGCCGCCUCCAGGCAAGACUGACUGCUGGCAAAAAGAAAACGGAGUAGCAUUUAUUUAUGGAGACCAUGGUGAGCAACUGAGUGGUGCUGACCCACCGCCGCAUGGAAACUUGGUUUCACCGGACGUGUCGCGGACCAUGAUGGCCUUCGAAGCCAGAGCAUUUGCUUCCAAAGCAGCCUCAGCAGCCUUGCCGCACUUCCCGCAGCUCUUCCGCAUGGCAGACGUCUAUGCAACCAUUGCCGAACUGGUCGGCCUGAAGCUAAACGGCAAGCUAUUUCUCGGGACGAGCCUGCUGGAGGCCUUUCCUCAACAACGCAGGAUGCGCAAUUUAUCGAGUCGCUUCGGUGUUGCAUCUUUUUCCUUCUACCGGCCAGGAGACCUUGCAGCUGUGCACUUCCAAGCUUCGGAUGGCAAGAUGUGCUCGGCUGAGUUCCAUCGCGGCUCCAUUGGGUGGAGGUUGUUCAGGGCAGAGUCUUUGCAAAACUUCUUCGGAAGCGGGAAAAGCAUCUCCUCUGUUCAGGUGGAUCCAAGCAGCACUUGCUUCAAAGAAUCCAUGGCUUCGUUGGACUGGGCUUUGAAACAGCGGCGAGCACUGAAUACCCUGCUGACUGAGUCAAAUGUGCAUGCAGCAUGGCUGGUUGCUUCUGUCAGGGCUGCAGCAGCCCGUGCAAAAGCACUUGCAAAGUGGCUUCUGAAAAGGAUGAUGCGGCCGUUCCUGCCCCCACCAGCCUACAACGGGACAUCCAGCUGCUCUGUUCUAAACAACAGCAUCUGCGAGUCCUAG